AUGCAAUCAACAAUUAAUAAUAAAAAACAAGUAGCUGAAUUAUUUAUUAAAUACUUGGAUGCAAGAGAAUUUGAUAAGAUAUCAACACUGUUCAGUGAUCCUAAAACAUCGACUUGGUGGAUGUUAGGAAAUGAAAGCAAAUACAGUCAUGCCGGAACAAGAAUAGCACAGGAUCGUAUCAAUACAAUGGAUCAAAUUGCAGGAUUCGAUGAGUUUUCAUUCAUUGCAACCGAUUAUAUCGUUGGUGAGAAUGAUGAUAAGGUGGUUGUCGAGGCCAAGUCAAGAGGUCUUGGUUAUGGAAAUAGAUUAUACACAAACGUUUAUGUUUUAAUAUUUAGAAUCGAGAAUAACAAGAUCUUAUCAAUUCGUGAAUAUCUAGAUAAUUAUCAAAUCGAACAAUAUGGUUUUGGUUUCCAACAAAAAUAA